AUGGCCUUUUUCAUUUCCGGAAUCCGGCGGCUAGCCAUCCAGGGGCCUUCCAAGUUCUUUGUCUGCAAUCAAUGCCUUCGGCAAGCUCCGCGACGCCCGCCACCCAAGAUCCUCAGUGUCAUUCGACCGCGCGGAUACGCGAGCGCAAGCCCGGCAGCGCCGCCGCUGGGAAGCGUGGCGAAGCAGUCAACAGCGCCUCGAGCGCCAGAGGCUGUCAAGCAGGCUUUCCCUCAGACCACAUCCAAGGGAGUGGCGUACUGGCUCCUGGGAAGCGCGGCCAGCGUCUUUGGCAUCGUCGUUUUCGGCGGCUUGACGAGGUUGACGGAAUCCGGCUUGAGCAUCACGGAAUGGAGACCGGUGACCGGGUCCCUACCCCCCAUGUCCCAGGCCGAUUGGGAAUCCGAGUUUGAGAAGUACCGCGCCUCGCCCGAGUUCAAACUGCUCAACCCGCACAUGACAAUCGAUGAGUUCAAAAAAAUCUACUUCAUGGAGUGGACGCACAGGCUCUGGGGCCGCUUCAUCGGCCUCUCCUUUAUCCUGCCCUCGCUCUACUUCAUCGCCCGCCGGCGGGUCACGCCCAAAAUGGCCGUCAACCUGGUCGGCAUCUCGGCCCUCAUCGGCUUCCAGGGCUUCAUUGGCUGGUGGAUGGUCAAGUCGGGCUUGAAAGACGACCUCUUCGCCCCCGGUUCCCACCCCCGCGUCUCGCAGUAUCGCCUGACGGCCCAUCUCGCCACCGCCUUUGUCUGCUACUCCUGGAUGCUGCUGUCGGGCCUCGCCGUCCUGCGCACCCAUCGCAUGCUGGCCGAUCCCAAAGCCGCCUUGAGUGCCAUCCAGGCCACGCGGAGCCCCGCCCUCGCCGCCUUUCGCCUCUGCGCCGCGGGCCUCGCCGCUCUCGUCUUCGUCACGGCCAUGUCCGGCGGCCUGGUCGCGGGUCUGGACGCCGGGCUCAUCUACAACGAGUUCCCCAAGAUGGGCCUGGGCCUGACCCCGCCCAAGUCGGAGCUGUGGGACGGCUUCUACUCGCGCAAGGAGGAUGGCUCGGACCUAUGGUGGCGCAACAUGCUCGAGAACCCCAGCACCGUCCAGAUGGACCAUCGCAUCCUGGCCGUCACCACCUUUUGCUCCAUCCUGGCCCUCUUCGCCUACUCGCGCACCGGCCGCGUCGCCGCCGUGCUCCCCCCGAGCGCCAAGAAGAGCGCCGCCGGCCUGGUCCACCUGGUCAGCCUCCAAGUCGCCCUGGGCAUCUCGACCCUCAUCUACUUGGUCCCUGUCCCGCUCGCCGCGGCCCACCAGGCGGGCAGUCUCGCCGUCCUCACCGGCGCCCUCGUCCUGGCCCAUCGCCUGCACGUGCCCAGGCCCACCGUCCGCAUGGUUGAACAUCGGUUGAAGCAGCUGCAAAAGGAAAUGCGAUAG